AUGUUAAAGACUUUGAAAAUAAUACAAUUUAGGCGCUAUCAAAUUAGGUAUCAGAACAAAUUCCAGAUUUCAGCUUGCCGCCUUUACUCUUCACAAACAAAUCCACACGAAGAUGCCAUCAAUAAUUUUGCCAAUUUACCAGUGGAGCGUAUAAGAAAUUUUAGUAUCAUUGCACAUGUAGACCAUGGAAAGAGUACCCUGGCAGAUAGACUUUUGGAGCUGACAGGAGCCAUAAAGGCUAAUUCUGGUAGCCAAGUUCUUGACAGCUUGCAAGUGGAAAGGGAGCGUGGUAUCACAGUGAAGGCCCAAACGGUAUCAAUUUUCCACAACUACAAGAAUGAGCGUUAUUUAUUGAAUUUAAUUGAUACACCUGGUCAUGUGGAUUUCUCUAACGAAGUAUCGCGAUCAUUGGCAGCUUGUGAUGGAGUUAUACUAUUGGUGGAUGCAUGUCAUGGUGUGCAGGCACAAACGGUGGCCAAUUAUCAAUUGGCUAAAAAUCGUAAAUUGGCUGUUGUACCAGUAUUGAAUAAGAUCGACAUUAAACAUGCUGAUCCGGAAAAAGUGUGCAAAGAUUUGAAAAAUCUUUUUGGCAUUGACCCCCAAAGAGUGCUGAAGGUUUCUGCCAAAUUGGGUACAGGAGUGCCACAGGUAUUGGAUACAAUUAUUGAAACUAUUCCCCCGCCCAAAGUAGAUAGAAAUUCCACAUUCCGUGCUUUGUUGUUUGAUAGCUGGUUUGAUCGUUAUCGAGGUGCUCUUAAUUUGAUUUACAUAUUGAACGGAAAACUAGAAAUCGGUCAGGAUAUACAAUCAUACACCACGAAAAAAGUGUAUCCAGUUAAAAGCAUAUCAAUAUUAAGACCCGUCGAAACCGAAGUCACAUGUAUAGCUGCCGGUCAAGUUGGUUUAAUAGCCGUCAAUAUGCGCAACAGCAAAGAAUCAAUAAUUGGAGACACUCUUCAUUUGAAAAACGAAACCUGUACGCCAGCCGGUAGUUUUAAGCCACAACAACCGAUGGUAUUUGCUGGGGUAUUUCCUGCAGAUCAAUCCAAACAUGUAGCUCUACGUAGUGCCAUUGACAAAUUGAUUCUCAAUGAUUCAGUGGUAACGCUUAAAGUUGAUUCCAGUCCAGCAUUGGGACAAGGUUGGCGUCUGGGAUUUUUGGGUCUACUACAUAUGGAGGUUUUCUGCCAGCGUUUGGAACAAGAAUUUGGCGCUGAGCCAAUUAUCACAGCACCUUCGGUUACGUAUCGCAUUGUAUUGAAAAAUCCCAAAAUGAUCAAACAAAUGGGCACUGAUACCAUGGAGAUUUCGAAUGCUGCCCUGUUUCCUGAACCCAUAAAUAUCAAAGAAUAUUAUGAACCCUUGGUGAAGGGAACUAUUAUUACACCAACGGAAUUUGUUGGUCAAAUAAUUAGCUUGUGUGUAGAACGAAGAUGUAUUCAAGAGAGCUCUGUCAAUAUAGACAAUGAUCGUAUGCUGAUGAACUAUAUAAUGCCAUUAAGUGAAAUAAUUUUAGAUUUUAAUGAUCGCCUGAAAUCAUUGAGCUCGGGCUAUGCAAGUUUUAAUUAUGAAGAUCAUGGAUAUCAUUUGACAAAUUUAGUGCGUCUGGAUAUUCAUUUGAAUGGCAAACCUGUGGAAGAACUCUGCAGAAUAGUACAUGUGAGUAAGGCCAAGGAUAUUGGACGUGAAAUGACGACCAAACUAAAAGAAACCAUUCCAAAGCAAAUGGUACAAAUCGCCAUACAAGCUUGUGUAGGUAGUAAAGUUUUAGCUAGAGAAACCAUAAAAGCAUAUCGUAAGGAUGUCACUGCCAAAUUGUAUGGUGGCGAUGUUACCAGGCGUAUGAAACUGCUGCGACAACAAUCUGAGGGUAAAAAGAAAAUGCGUUCAAUAGCCAACAUUCAAGUACCUCAUGAAACCUUCAUCAAUGUACUGAAACGGUGA